AUGGAUGGAAUUUCAAGAUAUUUUAAAUCCUUUGUUGCUGGCAUGUCAUUUAUUGGAUCUAUCCAAUGUAAUCUUUUAUAUCUUUCAGAUUAUCCAGACGGAUCAAGGGAAUACGUCCCGAAUCCAUCAGAUUAUGGGAUUUUAAACUACGACGAAGUUGUUUUGCCCACACAAGAUAAAGUAAAAAUACGAAUUUAUGUUUUACAACAAGUUAAUGAUCAUAGAGCUCGUGGUCAACCUACUAUUUUAAUGUUUCAUGGCAAUGCAGGAAACCUUGGACAUUGUAUACCGAUUGCUGAAAGAUUCUAUAAUGAUUUCAAAUGUAAUGUUGUAAUGUUAUCUUAUAGAGGGUAUGGUUAUAGUGAAGGAUCCCCAACAGAGAAGGGUCUCAAAAUUGAUGCACAG